ACAUGGCGCUGAGGGGCCGCCCUGCGGGAAGAUGAAUAAGGGCUGGCUGGAGCUGGAGAGCGACCCUGGCCUCUUCACCCUCCUGGAGGAAGAUUUUGGUGUCAAAGGGGUGCAAGUGGAGGAGAUCUAUGACCUGCAGAGCAAGUGCCAGGGCCCCGUGUAUGGAUUCAUUUUCCUGUUCAAAUGGAUCGAAGAGCACCGGUCCCGUCGCAAGGUCUCUACCUUGGUGGAUGAUACAUCUGUGAUUGAUGACGAUAUUGUGAAUAAUAUGUUCUUUGCCCACCAGCUCAUCCCCAAUUCUUGCGCCACUCAUGCCCUGCUAAGCGUGCUCUUGAACUGCAGCAAUGUGGACCUGGGGCCCACUCUGAGUCGAAUGAAGGACUUCACCAAAGGCUUCAGCCCUGAGAGCAAAGGAUAUGCGAUUGGCAAUGCCCCGGAGUUGGCCAAGGCCCAUAAUAGCCAUGCCAGGCCUGAGCCACGCCACCUCCCAGAGAAGCAGAACGGCCUUAGCGCAGUGCGGACCAUGGAGGCAUUCCACUUUGUCAGUUAUGUGCCUAUCACAGGCCGGCUUUUUGAGCUGGAUGGGCUCAAGGUCUACCCCAUUGACCAUGGGCCCUGGGGGGAGGAUGAAGAGUGGACAGACAAAGCUCGGGGGGUCAUCAUGGAUAUUGGCCUCGCCACUGCAGGGGAGCCCUACCAUGACAUCCGCUUCAACCUGAUGGCAGUGGUGCCUGACUGCAGGAUCAAGUAUGAGGCUAGGCUGCAUCUGCUGAAGGUGAACCGUCAGACAGUACUGGAGGCCCUGCAGCAGUUGAUCAGGGUAACACAACCAGAGCUGAUUCAGACCCACAAGUCUCAAGAGUCACAGCUGCCUGAGGAGUCUAAACCAGCCAGUGGCAAGUCCCCUGUGGCCCUGGAGGCAAGCAGGGCCCCAGUGACCUCUGACAGCAUUCACACAGACGGUGUGGAGGAGGUGGCUGGUUCGUGCCCACAACCCUUGACCCACAGUCCUCCCAGCAAACCCAAGCUGGUGGUGAAACCUUCAGGGAGCAACCUCAGUGGUGUUCCCUGCAACCCCACUCCCAUUGUCCAGCGGCUGCCAGCUUUUCUGGACAAUCACAACUAUGCCAAGUCCCCCAUGCAGGAGGAGGAAGACCUGGCAGCAGGUGUGGGCCGCAGCCGAGUUUCAGUCCGCCCACCCCAGCAGUACUCAGACGACGAGGAUGACUGUGAGGAUGAUGAGGAGGAUGAUGUGCAGAGCACCAACUCCGCCAUCAGGUACAAGUGAAAGGGGCCAGGGAAGUCAGGGUCAUUGAGUGGCUCCGGGGAUGGGCAGUUGUCGGUGCUGCAGCCCAACACAAUCAACGUUUUGGCCGAGAAGCUAGAGUCCCAGAAAGACAUCUCGAUUCCCCUGUCCAUCAAGACCAGCAGCGGUGCUGGGAGUCCAGCUGUGGCGGUGCCCACGCACUCGCAGCCCUCACCCAUCCCCAGCAACGAGAGCACAGACACAGCGUCCGAGAUCGGCAGUGCUUUCAACUUACCGCUGUGCUCGCCCAUCUGCUUGGCCAACCCCACACGGUCCUCCAGCCCUGUCACCUCCCACAUCUCCAAGGUGCUUUUUGGAGAGGAUGAUAGUCUGCUGCGUGUUGACUGUAUACGCUACAAUCGUGCUGUACGUGACCUGGGUCCUAUAAUCAGCACAGGUUUGCUGCACUUGGCUGAGGAUGGUGUGCUGAGUCCCCUGACACUGACAGAGGGUGGGAAGGGUUCCUCGCCCUCCAUCAGACCAACCCAGGGCAGCCAGGGGUCCAGCAGCCCAGAGGAGAAGGAGGUGGUGGAAGCUGUAGAUGGCAGAGAGAAGUCUGGGCUGGCCAGGCCUGGUGAGCCCUUGAAUGGAGAGAAGUACUCACCCAAGGAGCUGCUGGCACUGUUGAAGUGUGUAGAGGCCGAGAUUGCCAACUAUGAGGCCUGCCUCAAGGAAGAAGUGGAGAAGAGAAAGAAGUUCAAGAUUGACGACCAGAUAAGGACCCACAACUAUGACGAGUUCAUCUGCACAUUCAUCUCCAUGCUAGCUCAGGAAGGCAUGCUGGCCAACCUGGUGGAGCAGAACAUCGUGCGGUGGCGUCAAGGGGUCAGCAUUGGCCGGCUCCACAAACAGCGGAAGCCUGAUCGGCGGAAACGCUCACGUUCCUACAAAGCCAAGCGCCAAUGAGGACUGCUGGCCCCAUCUCUGCAGCCUGCUCUUGCCUUGUGGCCCUCACCAGGGCCCCUUCCCUGCCCCACAGUCCCCUUCCCAGUAUUACUGAAUAUUUCCAGCCAGAUAGCCCAGACCCUGGAAAUGCAAGCCAGGCCAGGAUUCCCUGCAUUGCACCCCUGGGCCUGGUAGGGC